AUGGGAUUUGAUGAUAGAUGGAUCAACUUAAUCAUGAAGUGUGUAUCUUCAGUUCACUAUUUUGUUAUUAAUAAGGGCCAGGAGAUAGGUCCUAUCCUCGCACAAUGGGGCUUGAGACAAAGAGAUCCUUUAUCUCCGUAUCUAUUCAUCUUGGUGGCUGAAGGUUUUAGCACUAUGAUUAAGGACUAUGAGAGGAGAGGCAGGAUCCAUGGAUUUACAGUUGCUAGGAAUGCUCCAUCAAUUAACCGUUUUUUCUUUGCCUAUGACAACUUUAUUUUCUUCAAAGCUAAGGAAGAGGAAGCAAACAAUUUGAAUCUUCUACUUAAAGACUACGAGAAAGCAUCGGGCCAAAGCAUUAAUCUUACUAAAUCCAACUUGGCAUUUAGCAAAAAUACCCCUAGCCCCGUGAGAGACCAUCUGAGCAAUAUACUAGGCAUUCACCAUAGUGGCAGCAAUGGCAACUAUCUUGGACUUCCUAUGAUGAUGGGCCGGAAUAGGACUGAACUUCUAAAGUUUAUCAAGGGCCGCAUUGUGAUCAGAAUUCAGGGGUGGAAUCACAGAUUUAUAUCUAGAGCUAGCCGGGAGAUCCUCUUGAAAUUUGUCCUCCAAGCCCUACCAACCUAUGCUAUGGGGGUCUUCCUACUGCCCAAGGGGCUUAUCAAAACAAUUUAG